AUGAAGGAGCGCCAGUGGUCACGGAAAGAGGCCUGUCAGUACAUUGAUGAAGGCGGUCUCGAUAUGGAGCAAAUGCAGGCUGAGAUGAAUUCGCCCAUGGACGAUGCCUUUGAAAAACUGAAGCAGCAGGGCCCUCCGCAGUGGUUUGUGGAAGCCAUGACGUGGCCCUAA